AUGCCGAACUUGUCGUCAGAGUGCAUGAAGAAGAAGAAUGUAUCUGAAUUACAGGAAGAAGGAAUAAAUGCCAUUAACUUGCCUCUCAGUCCAAUUCCAUUUGAACUAGACCCUGAGGACACUAUGCUAGAGGAAAAUGAAGUCCGAACAAUGGUUGAUCCAAAUUCAAGAAAUGACCCAAAAUUACAAGAACUAAUGAAGGUAUUAAUUGACUGGAUUAAUGAUGUGUUGGUAGGAGAGAGGAUUAUUGUGAAAGACUUGGCUGAAGACCUGUAUGAUGGACAAGUAUUGCAGAAAUUAUUUGAGAAACUUGAAAGUGAGAAGCUGAAUGUAGCUGAAGUUACUCAGUCUGAAAUUGCUCAGAAACAGAAGCUGCAGACAGUACUUGAAAAGAUCAAUGAAACCCUUAAACUCCCUCCAAGAAGCAUUAAGUGGAACGUUGACUCUGUUCAUGCUAAAAGUCUCGUAGCAAUACUUCAUCUUCUGGUUGCAUUAUCACAGUAUUUUCGAGCACCAAUCAGACUCCCAGAUCAUGUGUCCAUUCAGGUUGUUGUUGUGCAGAAACGAGAAGGAAUCCUCCAGUCUCGACAAAUCCAAGAGGAAAUAACUGGUAACACUGAGGCAUUAUCAGGAAGGCAUGAAAGAGAUGCAUUUGAUACUUUAUUUGACCAUGCUCCAGACAAGCUCAAUGUCGUGAAAAAGACUCUCAUCACUUUUGUGAACAAGCAUCUCAAUAAAUUGAAUUUGGAGGUCACUGAACUGGAGACCCAGUUUGCAGAUGGUGUGUACUUAGUCCUGCUAAUGGGUCUCCUCGAAGGCUAUUUUGUUCCUCUGCACAGCUUUUUCUUGACUCCUGAUAGUUUUGAACAAAAGGUCCUCAAUGUAUCCUUUGCAUUUGAGCUAAUGCAAGAUGGUGGAUUGGAAAAACCAAAGCCAAGACCAGAAGAUAUUGUAAAUUGUGACUUGAAGUCUACACUGAGAGUACUGUACAAUUUGUUUACUAAAUACAGGAACGUGGAGUGAAGAAUUGAUUUGGGAUGCAAAGGAGUGUUAACAAAGAAAGCAUCAUAACUAGGAUAUUUUUCGUCGGUAUUCCUCUGCAUCUUUAUCCUAAAAGGAACUAAACCAUUUCUCUGAAGAAUUUUUAAUUGAUUAUUCUUGCACUACUAUUUUCAUAGUAGAUUUAAGACUAAUAUAAAUUAUGAAGAAAAAGGUUUGGAGGAAGGUAUUUGGGUAUAUUCUGGGAGAAUUAAUGUCUCAAUAAUACAUCUUCACACUGUUUUGUAGUAGGUGAAGCAAGAAUGAAAAAAAGAUGUACUAACUUUAAUUCAAAUCAGCCUUUGAAGCCAAUCAUAGGAAGACUCAGCACUGAGUAUUUUAAUAUUUUUUACAUAUAUCUUUUCUAAUCUGGGGAUUUUCUAUCCAUGAUAAAAUGAUUGCAUUCUAAUUAUGAGAAAUGUGCAUGGGAAGAAACAGUUAAAUACUCUUGUUCACGUCACAGCUAAAAAGAAGAGACUUUCUCAAGCACUUAACCCGAUUAAUUUAUAUUUCCAGUGCUGUUAGGCUUGAAUCUUAUGGGUACAAACUGAAGCGGCUACUCAUUCCUUCAGACUUAUUAUAAUGUGAUACUCUGCUUUAAAUAUGUGUUACUGAGCAUUCCGCAUACGCACACUUUGCAGCUUGUCACUUGGUUUUGUUCAAGGUAGAGAUCUUUUUUUCAAAGUACACAUUUCAGGAAAACACACCUGUAAAAUACAGUUUCCCUAUAAUAUUUGUAUUACAUAGUAUUAGAAAGUAAAAGAACAGCUUGUUUUUCUUUUAGUAGUUUAAACACAGGUUUACUAGGUUGCAAGUAUAGAUUUAUUGCUAAAUAGGAUUUAGAAUCUGUCCCUUUGGUUGAUUUUAUGAUGAAUGUAUUUUGCUGCAUAAUGUCCAACACAAAAAAUAAGAUUUAUUUUCCAGAAACAUUCCUGUAGCCUUUCAGAUACAAAAGCACUGCUUUUAGGUCAAAACUACUCCCAUCUGUAAAGACUCCGUUACAGCGUAAGGUUUGUUGGUCAUUUUACAUAGCUAUAAAGAGUACUUUUUUCUAAUCAUAACCAAGUAUAAGCUGUUAUCUGUUUGGUUUUAGCUUUAACAAAGACAGAAAAGAGAAAUGGGAGUUGAUUCUUCCCUUAAACUUGAUAUCAAGCACCAGUUAUGUUUCCAUAAAGAAGCUGAUAGAGACUGCCUGACACGAGUGUUAAUCAUCAAAAACUGCACUGGCAUAAGCUGAAGAGUAAAUUAAUCAUUUGCUGGAAGUAUUGAUGUUAGUAUUAGAUACCUUUCCAAAAGAAGUGUUCCAAUGCAACCACAGAUUCUUGGGAUCCUGGGUUACACAGUAAGGAAAAAAAUCCUUAGGCAGAAAUUACUGGACGACUGUUUAGAAAUCUUUGGACUGCUUGGUGCAGGAAGGAGACUUGUUAAUAGUCAUCCAAUUAUGGCAGAAGUGGUAUAGGUGAAAGGGAAAGCAAUCUGUCAGCUCUUGAGUCUGUUCAUCUGAAGAAAUGCAGUGCUGGCAAGAACGGUCAAUAACAGCUAUAUGUUACUUAGAAUAUAAAGCAUUACAUAUUUUUCAUUUUCCAGGGCUUUUUUUUUAAUGUAGAGUUUUCCAGUGCAACAUUAGCAUAAAGGGAAGACAAGCAAUUACAUCUGUCUUUGACGAACACUAACUGAUGUUUAAUAACAAAAUGAUACUGACUUCUGCUGGGGGGCCACAGAAAUUAUUAUUCUGAGAAGUAAAUACCAACUUUUGCAAAGGAAAGUCAAUAUUUAAUUCAAAGGAUGAUACCUGGAUGUUCUCUGAACUCAGAAAUUGUUACCUGAUUGUUAUAAGCAUUCUAAAUAUCUUUAUUAAAACAUUUUUUUACCUCUGUAUUUUUAACUAAGUUUCUGAAAUUAGAGGUGCAGAAAAUAACAAUUAUUUGCCUUUUACACAGGUAAAUAACUGGACAUUUUGACUUCAGUGAAAAUGAACAUGUUUUCAUUAUAUCUUUAAUAUCUGAGGAGCUAAAUGAUAGGAAUUAACAAAGCAUUUUUUGGGCAAACUGAGACAGAAGUUCUCAUGUAUAUACCAGCAGCAAUUUCAGCUUAUUUUAAUGUUUCACAUGUAAGUUUUUCCUUUGCACACCUAGACUGUAGUAAUUGUAAUUGUUAAUUAGUAAAUGUAUGAUGGUUUUUCUGCAGAUCAUGCUCAGCUGAAAUGCUCUUUUACAUCUCAGCAAUGCCAAAACAUUUUGAUUGCCCUUGUUUUCAGGAGUGCACUUUCUUUAACGAGGAGAUUUAUAUAUGUAAAGGAAAAAGGUUAGGAACGGUGAAACCGGGUUUUGCCUAGACUUGAAAAUAAGUAUUCCUGUGCUAUAUUGGUAUGACAUUAUUGGAGAUUUUUAAUUCUGUCAGACUCCAUUUUCCAUCCGUAAAAAACAUAAAACUGAGACAGAAUGUUGAAAUCCUCAUGCUGAAAUGCAAUUAUGCAGAACCAUAGAAACAUUUAAACAGUAUCCAACCUUUACACGAUUAUCUAUCCUAUGGUAAGAAUUUAUGUAAAUUAAAAUCUGCUAUAUAAACAAGAGUGUCCUAUGUAAAUAUAGACCCAUGUGAUAGUUUUAACACAUUCACACAAAUAGUAUAUGCUGCCAUGUAGGAGUGGGUCACUGCUUAUAUUUUUGACAGUGUAGAUUUAAAUAGCUAUCAAAUAAAUAUGAAAUCUAAUAUACAGAUUAUAUCUAAUAUUUAUUGCUUUGAUACAGAAUAUUAUAGAAAUAUAGAAUACUACUGUAGACAGUUUGUUCUUCAGCAAUCAGCGUAGGCCAGCACCUUCCUUCAGGGAAGUGAAAUGUUAAGUUAGCUGGGCCAAAUUCUGCUGACACCUAUGAUGCUUUUAUUCUUGAUACACAGCGGCGUAUAUUGAUGUACAGCUGAAUGCAGAAUUUUCCUCACUGUUUAUAUUAAGAUAGAAGUUGUUUAAGUUUUAGGUCAAUCCUGGUUUUAUUUAUAAUUACUUUAAGUGAUUAAAUAGAUCCAAGUCAAUGGAUUUAGCCCAUGUAAGAUAUGAACAGUCACCUGGAGAGGCCAGUUUCUCUACUGGUCCCAGAGGGAGCUUCUGAUCUCGAGGCUGCUAUCUCAGUGCUUUGGCUAUGUUUCUAAAGCCAGGUUGUAUGAAUCUAGUGGUGGUAGUAUGAAUCAUGGUGGUAUUUGGAUCUCAUCCACCAGACCAAUGUGCUUGUCUGUUGUGCUCUGUCACAUGAAGGCCCACAGGUAGCCGAGUCCACCGAAAACUGGCAGAUUACUAGCCUGCCUUGAGUAACAAACAAACAGUAAACAUUUCUGCUGCUGGAGCAUUAUGAAACUGCCAAAAGAUCAGUUUUAUGUGUUUCUCUGACUUCUAAUCCAUCCAUUGCAUCCAGCAAUAUGGUAUUCAGAUUUGUUCUGUGGUUGGAGGUAGGCAUCCUUUCCCUAUUGAUGGAUCCUGGCAUGCUCUGUCAACCACACAAAACUUGUUAUUUUUUUCAAAAAGGAGCUACAGAUUCUUAAUAGUAUGUCAAAAAGAUGUUGUCAAAAUAAUUAUCUAAAAUCCUAAUACCUUGAGGUCAGCUCCUUUCAGCUUUCUUUCCCAGCUGACUGGCAUUUAGUUGCCAUAAAGAACAGGCCCUAGAAAAAAGGUAUUGAAGGAAUCCUUGCGUAAUUUUACAUGAGACACACGCAUGAAGUCCAGAAUCGGAUUGCUCUAUAUUUCCGAUGGAGUACAGAUACACCAAGUUUCUUAUUAAAUGAGCUGACUGUGGCAUAUCUAGUUCUUUGCAUUUCUUAGUCAGUAGGUAUCUUCCUGUUAUAGGGGGGCAGCAACGCUUGCAGCUACAUAGUUCAGGAAUUCAAGUGGACCAGCGAGUGCUGGAUAAGGUCCUAAUCUACUUUGAUUGACUGUGGACCAAGUUGCUGAUUGGCAUAUCUCCAUCUAAACCAGUGGCAUUAAAUCAACAGAGCAUUUGGUCCUUUCUGUUUUACAGAGGGUUACAGUACUCGGGAAUGGUUUACAUUCAGGCAGACUAUAUUGAUCGAGGUAAAUGCUACUUGGUUGACCUUUGUUCUUACCUAUUUUCGUAAAGUAUGUUUUUAAAUUCAUGUUUCAAUUUAGCAGACACCUUCCUGCAAGCCACAGUGUUGUAAAGCAGAAUGGCUUUUAAAAGUAAUGGGUUUUAUUUCAUUAGAGAAAGAUAUAUAUGAUAUUUAAUAUACUAGAUAUUACCUUUAGGUCUAGUUCUUGUUAUUCUUGUCUUCCUGUCAAAACAGCCUUCAUGAAUGGCCUGUGUAUGUGCCAAGCACCCAGAGAGAGAACAGUGUCUUGAAGACCUCUUGCAAGAUUUUCUACACUGUUCCCUGAUAGACUUUUGUUGUUUCACUAUAAGAAUUUGUGAGGGUUUUCUCUUUACAGCUGAAGUAAAAUUAAGGGCUGAAGAAAUCCUUUGUAGAAAGUUAUAACUAGUUUAAAGUAAGAUAUUUUGUUUUGAUGUAUCGCAUGAAAAAUGGAGGUAGCAGCACCAAAAUUCCAAAAUUAUGCAUACCUCAGCAACCACAGAUUUUCCAAAGAGGUUUUGAGACAUUUAACAUUUACUAGGGCUAAUUGUAUGUGUUUUGACAAUAUUUUCUGUGUGACUGUUUCUUUUUGCAAUAAUGAGAUUUUCUUUUCUGGCUAACAGUUUAAUACUACACACUCUGCAACAAUGUUAGUGUCAUUGAAAUAUUUGGUUCUCAAUUUCAACAUCAAACUAAUUGAGAAAAAAGAAUAUUUGCAAAAUUUGCUUCUUAACGUGUAUCUGAAAAUAAUGAUUAGUUUAAAUUAAGCUGCAUUGCCUUCAAUUGCAGAGUUAGUAGCUUUCACAGAAUAUAUUUUAUGUACUCUGUAAGUAAGAGACACUCUAUUGCUGAUUUUUUCCUGUGCUUUUUCUGAAACCUUUGUUAUGAUCCACAAUAAAAUUUGCACCUGAAAAUAAA